GCGCCUGGAGAGCGCGGACGUGCGGACCAGGUCGCCGCAGUCACUCCCCGCGGGCAGAAAGCGGAGAACGUGGAGGAGCAGGUCGUCGUUCAGGCCGCUGAUCAAGUCGGGGGCGCGCGACGACGACGAGACCGCUUGCUUCGCCAUGGGCGCGUUGGUAGAAUCCAUCGGCGCAGGCAGGUUUUGGGACAGUUUGAGUCAUCUUCGCGUUCCAAGAUGAAUCAUUCUGGUGAAAUUUCCUUGGACCCGACACCUCGCCGGAGGAGACCCAAGCUGCUGGUUGUCGUACAGGAAUCAAGGUUCGGAUACUCGUACUGGAAGAGUCCUGCCGUAAAACAGGUCGUGUCCUCUGCCGUAAAUCCCUCCUUUCGCCCCCACCGCUCACAAUAUUUUUCUACCAUUUUGUAAGUGAUCAUAUUCCUUCAUAUAUUAACAUCAAGGAUCUUUUUAGAACUCACGAGCAUGCACACUCCAUAUGACUAGUCAUGCAUUGUGCUGAUGGGGAUAUUGUUGGAAUUUAUGAUCUUGGCCCAUUUAUUUACAAUUUAAGAAUUAAAAGUCCACUAAUAAAUGCUAGGAAAUCAAAUGCUUAAUUCUGUAUGGAUAUUUGAGGAUCUCAACCGACUUAAAUGGUGAACCUUAGGUAUACCUCUUAAGAAGUCGGUAAGAGAAGAUUGGUAAACCACACACGCGCGCUCGCUCACCGCGCCGAGGUCGUGGGCGUGGCCGGACGGGCGGUGUGACAUGCUGAGAUGAGAAUAUUUUUAUUGUUGAAUGCAAUAAAGCUCGCGGCGCCGAGGUCGUGGGCGUGGCCUGACGGGCGGUGAGACGUGCUGAGAUGAGAAUGUUUUUAUUGUUGAAUGCAAUAAUUCUGAGACAUUAAAAUGUUAACAGCGAUGACUGGAGAAUCAUGACCUUGAUUGUUACCAGUAACUGAUAAAAGUGAUUCAUAGCCUUGACUGAUAGCGAGGCAAUCAGGUUUUUGGGAAGUGUCUUAACGCGCUCAACCGAACGACUAUGUCCUCUACUUCCUGGUGGACUGAUCGACUACGUUCCUGACGGCCUGAAUGACUACUUCGUCUACUACCUGGUGAUUGUUCGUGGGACUGCACUGCGAACAUCAUUCUGCAUCGAUGUUGUUCGGCUACAUCAAGUAAGGCCAGUCGAAUUGUAUGACUAUUCUAGCUGGUAACGACGCAACUGGUGCCUCCGGCACUGGUCCCGUCUAGGAGUACAUUCUAAAUCAUCCGUAGUUUAUUAUCUUGUUCAUGUUUUUUUUAGUGAGAUUAACAUGAACAAGUGCAUAUUUUGUUUUCAUGAGAUCACUAAGUUAUGUUAUGAAUUUGCUAAUAAUAUUUGAAAUUAAAAUAUACCGAAUUCUGCCUAUUUCUCUAACAGAUAUUGCACUGUACAAAGUGAAAGCAAGAACUACCGCCCUAUCAAAAAAAAACAAAAAUUUUUAAUACGAUUUUUUACUGAAAUUACGGUCAAGAAAAUAAACUAGCAUAAUUAGGAUAUCGUAGUGUCGGAUAAAACAAUACGCAUAUGUUGCAAUCUUCCUAGAGAAUAGUUGGCGUUAUUAUCUACAAAUGAUCUUCUUUCAAAUAGGAUUUAAAGUUCCAAACUAAUUCGAGGCAUCACCACAGGCGUUUAUACUGUCAUAAUAAUUGGAAAUCGAUGGUUAGCACACACACGACCAAAUCCAAAAGCAAAAUUCAGCGCAUAUGCCACAUUCACAUUGCCGCGCCCACCAAUGCAAUCGCCCGCGCUCCCGCGCGGCGGCCACGCCCUCCUCGUCACCUCCGGCCACCUCCGCCACCUCGACCCGCACCUCCAGGUGCCCCCUCUCCUCCUCGCCAACUACCUCGUCGCCGCCUUCUCCCGCGCCGCCGCCCCGCGCCUCGCGUUCCCGCUCCUCCGCCGCCUCCUCGCCGGCGCCUACCCGCUCCGCCCCGACGGCUUCACCUUCCCGCCGCUCUUCCGCGCCACCCCGGGCCCGGCCCCCGCCGCGCAACUCCACGCCUGCGCGCUCCGCCUGGGGCUCCUCCACCCCAGCGUCUUCGCCUCGGGCUCCCUCGUCCACGCCUACCUCCGCUUCAGCCGCGUCGCGGAGGCGUGCAGGGUGUUCGACGAAAUGACCGAGCGGGACGUGCCUGCGUGGAACGCGAUGCUCUCCGGGCUGUGCCGCAACACGCGGGCGGCCGACGCGGUGGCACUGUUCGGGAGGAUGGUUGGCGAGGGCGUCACCGGGGACGCGGUAACGCUCUCGAGCGUGCUGCCGAUGUGCGUCCUGCUGGGCGAUCGAGCGCUGGCUCGUUCCAUGCAUGUGUACGCGGUGAAGCAUGGACUGGAUGGGGAGCUAUUUGUGAAUAAUGCCUUGAUCGACGUGUAUGGGAAGCUGGGGAUGCUGGAGGAGGCGCAGUGGGUGUUUGAUGGCAUGGCAUCGCGUGAUCUGGUCACGUGGAAUUCGAUCAUUUCAGCAUAUGAGCAAGAUGGGAAGGUUGCUGCUGUGGUGGAGCUGUUCCAUGGUAUGAGGGAAAGUGGGGUUUCCCCUGAUGUGCUGACACUUGUCAGCCUGGCAUCUGCUGUUGGUCAGUGUGGGGAUGAGCGUGGUGCAAAGUCAGCGCAUUGCUAUGUGAUGAAGAUGGGGUGGGAUGCGGGUGACAUCAUUGCUGGAAAUGCUAUGGUUGAUAUGUACGCCAAGCUAUCGAAGAUUGAAGUUGCCCAGAGGGUUUUUGAUAAUUUGCCUGCUCGAGAUGUGGUGUCCUGGAACACGUUGAUCACAGGGUACAUGCAGAAUGGACUUGCCAAUGAUGCAAUCAGGACAUACAAUCAUAUGCAGACGCAUGAGGGUCUGAAGCCAGCUCAAGGGACGUUUGUCAGUGUUUUGCCUGCAUACUCGAACCUUGGUGCAUUUCAGCAGGGAUUGCUGAUGCAUGCAUUAUCUAUUAAGACUGGAUUAAAUCUUGAUGUGUAUGUCCAUACUUGUCUGAUAGACUUGUAUGCUAAAUGUGGGAAGCUGGCGGAAGCAAUGCUUUUGUUUGAGCAUAUGCCUAGAAGGAGCACAGCUCCUUGGAAUGCCAUCAUAGCUGGGCUUGGGGUUCAUGGGCAUGGUGCGAAGGCAGUCAAUCUCUUCUCACAAAUGCAACAAGAAGGGAUUAAGCCUGACCAGGUCACGUUUGUUUCAUUAUUGGCUGCCUGUAGCCAUGCUGGCUUAGUUGAUCAAGGUCGGAGUUUCUUUGAUUCAAUGCAAAAUGUGUAUGGAGUCGUGCCCAUUGCAAAACACUACGCGUGCAUGGUAGAUAUGCUUGGCAGGGCUGGUCAGUUGGAUGAAGCUUUUGAGUUCAUACAAGGUAUGCCAAUUAAACCUGACUCUGCUGUUUGGGGUGCGUUGCUUGGUGCCUGCAGGAUUCAUGGGAAUGUUGAAAUGGGUAAAGUGGUCUCACAGAAACUAUUUGAACUUGAUCCCGAGAAUGUCGGAUAUUAUGUUCUGAUGUCAAAUAUGUAUGCAAAGAUUGGGAAGUGGAAUGGAGUUGAUGCAGUAAGGUCUUUAGUCAGGCGCCAGAAUUUGCAAAAGACCCCUGGAUGGAGUUCAAUGGAGGUGAAAGGAUCAGUAAACGUAUUUUACAGUGGCACCCAGACAGAGCCCCACCCUCAGCAUGAAGAAAUCCAGAGAGAGCUGCAGGACCUUUUGGCCAAGAUGAAAAGUCUAGGCUAUGUUCCUGACUAUAGUUUUGUGCUACAAGAUGUAGAGCAGGAUGAAAAGGAACAGAUCUUGAAUAAUCAUAGUGAGAGAUUAGCUAUUGCCUUUGGCAUUAUAAAUACUCCUCCAAGAACUCCGCUCCACGUAUACAAGAAUUUGCGGGUCUGUGGGGAUUGUCACAAUGCUACCAAAUAUAUAUCAAAAAUUACCGAGAGAGAGAUCGUUGUCCGUGAUUCAAACCGGUUCCACCACUUUAAAGAUGGACACUGCUCUUGUGGAGACUUUUGGUAACAGUAAAACAUAUUAUAUAUUUUCUCUGCGCAACAUUUUCUCUCCCUGAGUUCACCUGACCAUUAAGUAUAACUUGAUGUGUUGAUGAGGUUAAGCACUGUACUUAAGUAUUUCGCUGAUGCCAAAAGAUAGAAUCUUUUAGUUCUUUAUCUUGCAAAAGUACAGCUGCCAGAUAUCCAUUGACCUGGAAGUGAAUAACUACAGUUGAGAAUGUGUCAUAGCUUUUCUUACCAGAGUUAGGCUUUUUGUUGUCCUGGGUCUUCUGGUUUUGAACUUGAAUCUAAACGGAGUUAGAUAUUAGUAGGCAGUUUUUCCCUGCUACCUUCCUCGUUCUUUUGGCACUUCGUCAUAUUCUAAUAAGAUGCCAUAAAGGUGAUUUGAGAUAUUAGAAGCAUCAAACUUUUUGUAAAAUUUGAGAUAUACUUCUACAUACUGUACAUUACUAUCUUGUACAGUUUCUGCAUGGCUGAGCAGACUUAAUCACAGAAUUUACUUUUCAUACUUGGAAAGCCACUACUCCGGAAAAAGACAAAAGUCUCUCUUCCUGAAUUUACCUGCCCAUUCUUCUACGCGAUGCUUGUCGAAGUUGGGUGGUACAGCUUCAGGAAACAGGACCUUGUUGGGCACCGGUUCAUCAAUGAAAGAGCUACUAGAGGUGCUCCAGUUGUUAGUGACUGGGCCAUUAGAAACGGCUCCUGUCCAAAAGAAGGGACAAUAGCGCCUAAGGAUUAUGCUUGUGUCAGUACAAACACUUACUGUAUAAGUGCAAGCAAUGGGCCAGGGUACCUGUGCAACUGCUCUGAAGGUUAUGAGGGCAAUCCUUAUCUUCGCGAAGGCUGCCAAGAUAUAGAUGAGUGUGAGCUGCGUAAGGAAGACCCGAAGUACAGUGCAUUAUAUCCAUGCAAAAAUGGUGUCUGUAUCAAUACUCCAGGAGGUUAUAUAUGCAGAUGCAAGAUAGGAACAAGAUCAGACGGCACAAAUUCUGGAUGCCGACCUGUACUUAGCCGAUCUGAAAAAGUGGUGGUAGGCAAGAAUCCAUACCUGAGUAUAUUCCUCAAAAAACCAUAGUUCUUAAAUUUACGUCCAUAUAAGGUGCUUUUCUAGGCUUAUGAUGUGUUGAAGUAUUUUGCUGAUGCUGAAUGAUAGAAUGGUUUCGUUCUUUGUCUUGCAAAAGCAAAGCUGCCAUAUAUCCUUGAUCUGGCAGUGAACAACUUCAAUUGAAGUCUUUGCCUCUCUUACCAGAGUUGAGAUUUUGUUGUCCUUGGACUUCUUCCAUUUAUCCUUUCGUUGUCAAUUGAAAAUGAGCUGUUUCCUUAGAGUCCGAUGCUAGUAAGCCGUUCUUGUUCUGCUGCCUUCCUUGUUGUUUUGGCACUGUCAUAUUUUAAUUACACAUCGUAGGUGAUUGGAGAGAACUGAAGCAUCUAACUUCUGUAAAAUUAGAGCUAUACUCUGCGUGCGGUAUGUUUGAAGUAUCUUCUACAGUUUUUGCAUAGCCUAACAAACUUAAUCACAGAAAUUACUUGUCAGACUUGGAAGGCCACUACUGUGGAGAAAGAGGAAAACAAAAAGGCUUUGAAAGACACUUUAUGAGUAAAGCCGGUUGCUGUUUUGGAAACAUAUUGUCUUUGAAGUCUCAAGUCUGUGAGUUUCGCCUUUAUGUGUCAUCUUUCUUUACAGUUUCAUGUUUACAAACUGUUUUAUGAAUAUCUGAAUGAAGGACAUACUAAGGACUAUCUCAAUCUGCAAUACACCAAACAGGAGUCGUCUUCCUUUUGCAGAACUGCCCAAGUCUUCACAACAAAAUUGUGUAGCACUGCAAAAGAGGGAGGCAAAAUAGAGAGCAUUCCGUAAUACAGCCAUACAGGGUGAAGAUUUGCCACAUGGUCGACAUGGAAUGGCUGAGUGAUUAUUCAUUAAACAGAGCAUCUUCUGCGUUAAUGCAUAAACUCCUACGAAUUUUGCAAGGCAUCCAAAUGGUAAACUGUUGCCGAGGCCCCGCCUGGCUGUCUUAUUAUACAUGGUUAUGUGAUGUGACCUGGUAUACAGAGCUUUAGCGGUGGCAGAAGACAAGCCCAAAUGGAGGUGCUUCUUGCUGGGUGGCACUGAUGACAGUAACAGUAUGGUACACUGCUGCUUGAGCUAGCUGCCACUUUCAUCUUUCAGUGUGCAGCUUAGCUUUGCAAUUGUGAUUCGUCAGAAGCAUGUUAGAUGUUUGGGAGGCCGUAUUGUAUUUAUUCAGCAGUAUCCUACUGGCCUACUCUGUAACACAAGAUGGCUGCUGGGUCUAAAAACAACAGCCGGACCCUGAUAGCAACAGUUUGUUUCAUUA